UCAAAUAAAGCAUAAUAUGCACAUUAGCUUCAGCAUGUGUCGAAUUAUGUCUUUUUAAUUCGGUGGGGCGGCUAUAAAAGACAAAUGAUACCUCCGAAUUGCUAUCAGUUUCAGUUCAGAAAUUCCCUGAAAACAACCCAUAUCAAUAUGUUCAAAUUCUUCGCUUUGUGCUUGUUGGCUAUCGUUGCCGCUGUCGCCGCUAAGCCAGCUAUUGUUGCUCCUUUGGCUUACUCAUCGCCAUUGGUUGCUUCGCCAUACACUGCUGCUUACACCGCUGGAUACGCUUCACCUUAUGUAGCUGCAUCUCCAUAUGUAGCUUCACCAUAUGUUGCAUCGCCAUAUGCUGCUUACUCUGCCUACCCAUAUGCUGCUGCUCCUGUUUUGGUUCGUUAAGGAGUGACCAUGUUUGGCGAGCACGGAUCAAUGUUGACGGAAUGGACAUUUUCGAAAAUUUGUUAAAUAU